CCACACACACAUUAUGUACUCGGCACCGGGCGAAACAUCACAUAAACAAAAUGCGGACAUUUUACGUCGUUUUCGCUCUUAUUGUGUACAGUUUUAAAGUUCAAAGUUCCACGCUCUGUGAUAGCGAUUUUUGCGUGUGCAGCCUCAAUAAUAAAAACGACUUAGAGCUCGUUGCUGAACAUGCGGACUGUUCCUACGAUCCUUCUGUAUUGCAAAAAGUCUACACGCUACCGGUGACGAUAUAUUCGUUGGACUUGUCGAGAAAUAAUUUAACGAAUGUUCAGCCUUCGCGCAUUCUCAGAUCCAAGACGAUGGCCGAACUUUACCUAAAUAGCAAUCAAAUAAGAGAAGUAGCAACGAAAGCGUUACGAUUGCCAAACUUGAAAAGGCUGGACUUGAGUGACAACGAUUUGGAAGCCCUACACGAAGACGUCUUCCAAUAUCUUAGGAAAUUAGAAUAUCUUAAUUUAGCUAACAAUAGGUUUACUACCGUAGACACGAUAAAUUUUCAUCAGUUGGCCGUAUUGAAGGAAAUAAUUUUGGACAAUAACGAAUUGGGACCCAGUCUUGAAGACAAUAGUCUUUUUGAGCGGAACGGGUAUGGACUCACGCAUAAGAUAAAGUCACUGUCGAUACGAGGAAUAAAUCUUAAUUGCGUCGAUGACAAUUUCUUUAUUUAUGCGUACGAUUUGAAGAAGUUAGUGAUCUCCAAAAACAAUUUAGUUGAUAUUUUCGACGUACCCUUCACGUUAGAGUAUUUAGACUUAUCAGAUAAUCCAAUAACGCAGAUAUCGGGCGAAGAUUUCUCAGAUUUAGUUGCGUUGAAAGUUUUGAAAUUAAACAACCUUUUGAUAAAGGAAAUACCUGAUUAUGCAUUUGAUGCAUUGCACUCUCUCACCGAAUUGGAACUUCAAAGAAAUAGAAAUCUAACGAAAUUCAGUGCGACAGCAUUUGGUCAAGACGUUUUAGAAGAUGCUGAUGAUUUUACGUUAGAAAAACUAUCGUUAAAGGAAUCAAGAUUAAGAACAUUGGACAGCAAGUUAGAAAUUCCAUUUGGACAAUUGAUAAGAUUAGACUUACAAGGGAACUUUUGGAAUUGUGAUUGUAAUCUUGUUUGGAUAAAGAAGUUGCAAAUACAUUCAGAUGAUUACGAGCAUUUAAGAUGUUUCACGCCAAAACCUUUUUACAACAGCAAAAUAUUCGAUUUAAACGAAAGAUACUUCUCCUGUCCUGUAAGUAGCCAUCACGUCGGCGCCAUAAUUGCUGUAUCAUCCCUCUGCAUACUGUCAACUAGUCUAGCUAUAUGGAUAUUCCUAUUUUUACCUAAAUAUCAAUCUAGAUGUAAUUUUGUUCGAAACAUGGCAACACCAACUGCAGAUUACACAGCGUUGCCAAUAAGUACUACAUUGACAGGUGUAUAAUUAUUUUGAUUUAAUUUUAAACCAAAAAUUAGCCUGUUUAAAUAUAAGCCUAUAUUGGCAAUAAUAAAAAAUAAAUGGAUUAACUUUAAAAA